UCCAGCCGCAGCCCCAGAGAAUGAAUGAAAUUGAAAUAGCUGCUACAUUACAUGUACAAUACCGGGCUCUGCAGUGUUGCAUUCUAUCAUACUAUAUCAAAAUGGCCACAGCGGUACAGAACCCCCUCAAAUCGCAAUCUGGAGGUGCAGUCAUCAAGAACAGUCUCGGUGAGGAGUUUUAUAAGGAGGCCAUUGAACACUGUCGCAGCUACAAUGCCCGUCUGUGUGCCGAGCGCUCCAUGCGUCUGCCCUUCCUGGACUCCCAGACCGGCGUCGCCCAGAGCAACUGUUACAUCUGGAUGGAGAAGAACCACCGUGGACCGGGUCAUGCUCCAGGUCAGUUGUACACAUAUCCUGCUCGCUGCUGGCGCAAGAAGAGACGGCUAAACAUCCUGGAGGACCCGCGGCUUGUACCGAUCGAGUUCAAGAUCGACUACGAGGCCUCUCUAAAGAAGGAGGGGGGCAUCCCUGAUGGUCCUGUGCUGGAGUCGCUGCUCGCCGGGGAAACCCUGGACAAGAAGGUAGAAACCAAGGAAGAAGAGCCAAUGAGCGAGUGUCAGAAGUUGCUUGUCGGGGAUUUCCCUCACGAGCUGGAGGUGGAUGAGAUGGAGGAAGACGUUCCGAAGAGAAAGAACCGUACCAAAGCACGGGCCUACGGUGUUGGGGGCAUGAGAAAGAGACAAGAGCUGCCUGCCAUUGAAGACAGAGACAAGCCUUACGUCUGUGACAUCUGUGGAAAGCGCUAUAAGAACCGCCCAGGGCUGAGUUACCAUUAUACUCACACCCACCUGGCAGAUGAGGAGGGGGAGGAAGACUCGGAGCGACACACGCUACCCUUCCAGCGCAAGAACAACCACAAGCCCAAGAAAGCACCGGACGGUUCAGUGAUCGCCAAUGGCUACUGUGACUUCUGCCUCGGAGGCUCAAAGAAGACCGGCUGUCCUGAAGACCUUAUCUCCUGUGCAGACUGUGGACGCUCAGGCCACCCAUCCUGUCUGCAGUUCACAGUGAACAUGACGGCUGCGGUGAGGACUUAUCGCUGGCAGUGCAUCGAGUGCAAGUCCUGCAGCCUGUGUGGCACCUCUGAGAAUGACGACCAGCUGUUGUUUUGUGAUGAUUGCGACAGAGGCUACCACAUGUACUGUCUGAGCCCUCCCAUGUCUGAACCACCAGAGGGGAGCUGGAGCUGUCAUCUGUGUCUGAGACAACUGAAGGAGAAGGCCUCAGCCUACAUCACCCUCACUUAAUCUGCGAAGCUGCGCCUCAUCCUCUCGACCCUUCAUCCUCUCCCAAACCGACUCUCCAUCACAGCUCUCUGUGCCCUCCUCCUCCUCCUCUUCUGAUCUACUCGCCACCACUUCCUCUACAGUUCGUCCCCGUGACCUUUGACAUGACUGAGCACACAGCACCAUACUCAUUCUUGAACCCAUUCUCCAGCGGCGAGCCAACCUACGUCCUUUUGUGUCACUCACAUUCCCUGUUGUGCUUGAGCUGACCCCCACUGCGCCCCCCCCACCCCCCCGCCCCACCACCCCCCCUCUUCCUGCUCUGUCUCAACAGAGGAAUUCAUCAGCUGGCAAUAAGUUUGCUAGCGAGACACACACUCCAGCCUGCCAAGGGCACUUCAGAGGCAUACUACUCCACAGGAACCCUCUUAAGGGCCCUCGGAAGAGCCCUAAUUAUCUUCAGCUGCAAGUCAGUAAAGAAGAGAGUGAGGAUUCAUAAGAUGGAUAGGUGUUAGGCCGAGGACAGGGCUUGGAAGACCCUGGAAAACCAUGGAGCAGUAUGUUAGCCAACUGUGAAAUAUACUGAACCAAAUUUUCAUAUACUCCCUCUGUCCUUUUCAGUGUAUGGCAGAGCUGAGCUGUUGGACUCUGCUCCAUUAUUUGUCUGCAGGGCCCGCUGCCCUGUGUAGUUUCAAAGUGGGGGUGGUGGUGGUGAAAUGUACAGAAUUAAGACUGAUUCUCUUAUGUUCACACGUUUGAAAACUCCCCUCACUGGCAAACAAUGAGCAACCGGUCAGGAACUCGGACCAUCUUCGACCUCACCCUGUCCUCUCUCCUUGCAUGAGGUUUCCACAAAUUAAUGAUGCAUUUUGGGAUCGACGCUGAAGGUUUUGGUGUUCGGAUGUCACAUCCUCGGAUGAGAGGAGGGAUGGAUUUUUCUCUAAUCAGCUAUCUCUGAUCAAACGAUGUAUUUAAAAAUGACAAUUUAGGCUUAGCAUCUCUCACAAAUCCUUUACCUGACCUCUCUUCAUCCUUCCCCUUCUGUGAAACACUGACUGUGAAGCCAAUGCAAGACUGGAACGCUCCUGGUGCUUGGUGUGUAUUAUCUGUGUGUUAAGAAUGUAGGAUUGAUGUGUGGACAAUGCAGAUCUUUGUCUGGCCCGAUGCCGAGGCCUGAAAAAACUCCUUUUUUAUGAUUCCUUUUUUUAUUUUUUUUUUCAUUUGCAUGUUGUUAUCUCGAUUGUUUUUAAAGACUUUUAAUUGAAAUUGAAAAGAAAGCACACUUAAUUCGCAAUAAUGUGUUUGUGAUAUGAACUGUUUUGGCCAAACUGGGUGUGUUUUAAAACUCUUCGUGUGCCUGUGUGUCUGUUUGUGUGAGUUUAUCUGAGCGCUACAGUAACUGUAGCCGGCUCCAUGCUAGGUGGGAUCUGUAAGAGGAUUUCGAGCAGCAGCAGGAAGGUAAACCCGAAUGUAAGGAAAGUCAGCGUUUUUCUGUUGAGGCAUUCUGACAGAGGUGGGACAAAGACAUUGUUAUGCAAGUCACAAGUGUCAAGUCUUGUCAAUGAAGUCCUAAGUCAACAUGAACUGUGAAAGGAAUAUUCUGACAUUUCUGGGAAAAAAAACAUGUAGAAACCAAAGAGUCAAAAAAUAAAAAAGGAGCAAGUUGUGGUUUUUCAGUGGAUCAUGUGCCAGACUUUUUGUUUUUUGGAAGUUACAGCACUCGGCUGACACACAGCCUGGCACAUUAGCCUUGGUAAAACCAUGACUUGUCACUUUUACCCUUUGUACGGAUGAAAGAAAUGAGAUAUAACGUUUUAAUUAGUGGGCUUUAGAGGUGCUGGUAGAUGCUGAGCUAAACUAACUGUCUAAUCUUCUCAUCUAACUGUCGGCAAUAUAGUGAAUAAGCGUAUUCCCCGAAAUGUCAAACUAUUCCUUACAGAGCACUGAGGUUUUGAGGCCUCAAAAGUCAUGAUCCCCUCACAAGAUUGUUAUGCCAUUUAAAACAUUAAUCGCAAAACAUUAAUCUGUCUUUUUAUUUAUUCCUACCAGGGUAGAUGUUACAACAACCUCUGAUUUUACUACAUUUAAGAGACCUAAUCUUGAAUAAAUAUCAUGAUGCUAAACUCUUAUGUUAUUAGCUUAAAGCAGUACUUUUAGGAUAUGUCGUCCUUUUAGGAUCAAAUGGCUUUUAAAGGUGAAACCGAACCACCCUGUAAUUUAAUCCACCUCUCCAUUUAAUAUUUACAUCGUCUAAACUGUCAUAGUGGCACCAAAUUAUGGCUGAAUACACAGCUUCUCUCCGAGACUCGCUUACACGUGAAUGCUCAAGCAACAUACAGAGGCAUUGAAUAAGAGUAUGUUUGAUCUUUGGCCUUGGUUAGGACACCAAGCAGUUAAGUGACGGUGUGUGAAGGCAGAGUCAAAUGGCAGGUUUAAUUAUCCUGCUACUUUGCAAGCUCUGCUUCUUGCCAAGUGAAACUAGUUGUUUUCAUCACCUUCUUGUGUCCUGCAAAACACGAGGCCACCUGGUUUGUGAGAGUAAAACACUGGCUCGUCCACCCACAGAGUUUUUACAGAGUAUUUGUAACGUUUCACUAAUCCAUGUUCAACAACAUAUAGUAUACACACACACACACAUAUAUAUAUAUAUAUACACAUACAAAUAUUCAACCAACAAUUAGUAGAUGGUUGAAUUCUUGAAUAUCAAUUAAUAACUUGCUGAAAUGUUAAAAAACUCUAAACUCUCUGUAGGCGGACUGUUCAAAUAAAGUGUUACUGAAUAUUUCUGCUCCCUGCCAGUCUGCUCUGCACGUUACAAGCCAGUUUAAUAAAUCAGCAGUUAAAGACCAAGCUGAAACAUUAAGUUUUUCUAUGAAGGGAUUGAGCCAUCCAGCCAACCAGCAUGUUUUCUUUUGAGUUUGCACUUUAAAAAAAAAAGUUUUUUAUCUUUAACCCAAUGGCCCAUUAUAUUAUCCUCAAUCACUUUACGUGUAAUUCUCAAGGCGACUUUAAAGGGCACAUUACAAGACAGCUGAAGUGGCGGUUCAGGAGGAUGUUUUCAACAUUUCUGAAUUGUUGGUAUCGCACAGAGAAGGCAUCCAUCCAGUGAUUUGUGAGCGUUAAGCUUGGAGACAAUAGCUGUAAAUAGGGGAUUGAAUUAAGGGCAACAAAUUCCAUUUCAUACUGUAUUUCAUAUUCUUGUGUACGUAUCAAAAAGUAUGAAACAGGUCAAAUUCAGUUGGUUUCUCACUUGAAUGACCAUUUCAUCUUAAUGCUGCAUCUUGUCUCUAAAAGGAAACUCGUGAAAUCAGAUGGCUUGUGAGAAUGUACCUGACCUGCAGUCGUGUUUGUCAUCUGACGGACAAAGAUAUUAGGUGCAAAUACUGUGCUACCCCUCAACUCAGCGUAACUCCACUGAUGCAUGAAUGAACCUGAAAAUGUUUCUGAUCUCAUAUUUUGACAACGAUAUGCUUUUCGUUCUUUUUUUUUUAAUAACGAUGAGAAAUAACCUUUAACUUCUGUUCAUUUCCUGUUUGUUUCCUUGUUUGGUUUUGUAAUCUGUGUUGUUUCACAUUUUGCACAGUAUGGCUGCAUUUGCUCUCCAAGUGUGUUUAUGCCUCUGUGUGUAUGUGGGUGUGUGUGUGUGUGUGUGUGUGUGUGUGUGUGUGUGCGUG